AUGGUUUUACUACUUCCUUACCUCUCAGAAGGUCAGUCUGUAACAUUGAACAUGCCUUCAUACAGCACUUUGAACUCAAAGAAUAUGAGAAUAACAUGUGAAUUUCAAACAGAUGAUCAAUUUACAUUAAUGACAUUGCUCAAUGGAAAUAAUGAUCUUGUGGCAACUUACUCACUUGACCAGCAAACGUUUGAAAUGCCUGCAGAUAGUUCCGUUCGUCUUGAGGUCGGAUCUGGUACAACAUUUAAAAGAGGUUCUUUGACAUUUGUCCUUCCUCGAGUCAACUGUCCUGACUUUACAUGGUACGUUUGCCGUGGGAGUGGUUCUAAUGAUGGUACUCCUAUGGAUUCUACAAACAUCACAUUACAAAUUUCACCAUCAAUUGAUAGCUUCAUGAAAACAUCACCAUCUGACCUUGUUGUCAAUCAACUAUCUUCCUUUGUGUGCAGAGGAACUGUCCGAAAAGAGGGUCCUUUUUCUGUGCAAUGGCAUCGAAGAACUAUCACAUCAUCCAGCCAGCUUCAAGUUGACCCAGCAAAAAUAAUUGACCAAAAUGAAUGUAGCCGUACCAUUUCAAGCUCAAUUAAUUACAGUGUAAGUGAGACAGAUGGGCCAAACCUUGUUCUCUGGUGCCGAAUAGAAAGUGGACAAAGAAAUGAUAAAAUGGUGAACUUCACUGUUCAAGAAAUGUCCACAACUGCAGCUCCUUUUACGCAACAACCUGUUAAAGGUGCAGCUGUAACAUUGAAAAUGCCAUCAUACACGACUUUGAACUCAGUGAACAUGAGAAUAACAUGUGAAUUUCCAAAUGAUGAUCACCUUGCGAUGAUAACAUUGCUCAGUGGGAAUAAAGCCACUGAGGCAAAUUACGUAGUUGCAUGUGAUAAGUUUGAAAUAAGUUCCGAUACUUUUGUCUCUCUAGAGGUCAACUCUGACGCAUCUGCGCAAAGACGUUCUGUGACAUUUGUCCUUUCUCAAGUCAACUGUCAUGAUUUUACAUGGUACGUGUGUCGUGGGAUUGUAGCUGAAAAUGGUCUUCCUGUAGAUUCUAAGAACAUCACAUUACAAGCUUUGCCAGCAAUUGCUAACCUCAUGAAAACAUCAUCUGGGCUAGUUCUCAAUCAGAUAUCUACAUUUACGUGCAGAGGAACCAUUCAAAAAGAAGGUCCUUUUUCUGUGAAAUGCCAAAAUUUUGGAAUCGUAUCAUCUGGAUAUUCUUCAAUCCUACACUAUUUUCUUUCUCACCUGACUGUGUAUUUCUCUCUCUAUUUUUAUCACUAUUUUUCUAUCUCUUUUAUCCUCUAUCUCUCUCUCUCUCUCUCUCUCUCUCUUCAUUCUCUCAAAGUGACUUCUCUCUCUCUCCGUCUAUCUGUAACUUCUCUCUCUUUCUUAUUUUUCUCUCGCUAUUUUUGUCUCUCUCUCUUUUUUCUAUCUUUCUCUUCUCUCUGUCACUAUCUCUCUAUCUCUCUCUUUUUUUCUCUCUCUCUGUCUUUUCUCUUUGACACUCUCUCUUGUUAUUUCUCCUUUUCUCUUGUCUUCUCUAUUUGUCUCUCUUUCACACCUUCUCUCUCUCACUCUCUCUCUCAGUCACCCACUCUCUCUCUCUCUCUCUCUCUCUCUCUCUCUGAAACUGCUAUCUCUUUUUCUCUUAGGAAGACCGGAACGCACAAUAUCGUCUUCUCUCUCUCUCUCUCCUUCUCUCUCUCUCUCUCUCUCUCUCUCUGUGCAAAUGUGUGCAUAUCAAUCUGUGAUUUCAAGCACUGUCCAUCUUUGACAUUCCUCUCAAACUGUUUGGAACUUACCUCUCUCUCUCUCUUUCUCGCUAUUUCUGUCUUUGUCUCUACUGUUUGCAUGUACUGUAUUUGA